CAGUGGCCAUUUUAGAGCCCGCUGACACCUUCCUUGAGGCCACAGGCAUGCCCCAGAAUAGGCUGCGUCCCGAGGGGUGGGCAGGGACUCAAAUCGAUUUCCCGCAGUCUGGGACACCAGCUUGAGUUUCGGUUCUGAGAACAGCCGCUGGCCCGGCCUCCUUAAGGGCGGGCUGGUCACCACAGUGACGCCAAUCCUGGGCCGCGCCGGCUCCCGGGUGCAGUGGGUCCUGGGUCCGGGACUCUUAGACGCGGAAGCGCUCAAGCUGGUCAUGCUUCGUGGUGCGCUCUGGCUGCUGCUGCUGCUGCCCUUACGCACCCCGGGCGUGCAGGGUCACCGCGAUGCCACAAGCCGGGGGCAGGAGGCUGAUGAGCAGGAGGCAGAUGAGCAGGCCACUUGGCCUGGCAUCCAACGCCUGAAGGAGCAGCUGAGGACAGCCGGGGUCCUCUCUAAACGGUACUGGGCGCUCUUGAGCUGCGCCGUGUGGCCCGAUCACUGUGAGGACCAGGAGAGCCCCGUGCCACCCCUGGGCUGGAGCCUUCCUUUGUGGGGCCGGCGGUCGCUGGAUAUGUUCACUGCGUGGCUCUGCCGCUUUCAGGACUGCUGCCCUGGCGGGGAUUGCAGGAUCUCCAACAACUUGACAGGCUUAGAAUCGGACCUGCAUGUGCGGCUGCACGGCCAGCAUCUCGCUAGCAAGCUGGUCUUAAGAGCAGUUAGGGACUACUUAGAGAUUCCCCAAGUAGGCAAGGCCCUGGCUCUGUCAUUCCACGGCUGGUCUGGCACAGGCAAGAACUUUGUGGCACGGAUGCUGGCGGACAACCUCUAUCGGGACGGAAUGAGGAGUGACUGUGUCAGGGUGUUUAUCUCCACGUUCCAUUUCCCACACCCCAAGUAUGUGGAUGCAUACAAGGAGGAGUUGCUGAGGCAGAUGCAGGAGACGCAGUGGCGCUGCCACCAGAGCAUGUUCAUCUUCGACGAAGCCGAGAAGCUGCACCCGGGGCUGCUGGAGCUGCUUGGACCGCACCUGGAACCGAGGGCCCCCCAGACACAAGGCGCUGAGCCGCCCAGAACCAUCUUCCUCUUUCUCAGCAACCUUGGGGGCAGUGUCAUCAAUGAGGUGGUCCUGGGUUUGCUUAUGGCUGGAUGGUCCAGGGAGGAAAUUACGAUGCAGCACUUGGAGACUCCCCUUCAAGCUGAAAUCAUGGAGUCUGCAGACAGCAGCUUCGGCUCCAGCCGUCUCGUGAAGGAAAACCUUAUUGACCUGUUUAUCCCCUUCCUGCCUCUGGAGUACCGCCACGUGCGGCUGUGUGUCCGGGAUGCCUUCCUGGGCCAAGACCUCCCGUACACAGAAGAAGCCCUGGAUGAAAUUGCUAAGAUGGUGACGUACGUCCCCAAGGAGGAGCGGCUUUUUUCCUCCCAGGGCUGCAAAUCUAUUUCCCAGAGAAUCAACCUCAUCCUGCCUUGAAAGUGACUCACUGGGUUCCCUGAGCAGAAGAGAGGCCUCGGAUCUGCCUGGCACACUGGUGUCAGAGCAACCACUGCUUCUAGCUGGCGUGCAGACAGCAGUCCCUAACAGGCAGUUCUUCAAACCACGUGGUGCCUUAAAUAUCUGCAUUCUAGACAUUCUAGAAUGUGAGCCAAGAAGUCAGAAAGCAGGCAGAAAGUACAAGUGCCAAAGGGUCUUCAGAACGGUCCCUACCUAUGGUGGCCUCACACCAUAGCUCUUCCUGGAAGGUGGACUGAGUAUGAGCCUGAGGCUGCUGGUGUCUUGGGCUACAGAACAUGGCAGAAAGAAGACCCUCAGCCCACCAGGAGUGUACUCCAGAGAUGCAGGCUUGGCUGGCUUUGGGGGUGAGGGUGCUGUUGGCUUUUGUGUGUAAGCAGAUCAGCCAAAGGCUAAAGGGUAAGCCACGCCCUUUCAAAACAUGCCAGAGACAGGUGUGGCACACACCUGUGAUGCCAGUACCAGAGGAGAGAGCAGUCAAGAAACCUGAGCUGCCUUCGAGUUUGAGACUAACCAGCCAGGCUUGACAAACAAAAAGACACAGGUGUGUAGUUAUGACA